AUGUCUAAACGACAAGCCGGGCAGCUUCCACAGGGCCUUGUUGCAGCCGACGCAUCAGCAGCCAAACGCGCUCGCGUGGAAGAUGUCCCAUGCAAGACAAGGAAGAGAACGGCUGCCAUGAGAAGCGAGCACGCGAUGAUUCUUAGGUCCCAGCAUAGAUCUCAAUCGAAUUCGCGCGGCCCUCCGCAGCAGAGGUAUGGAGAACUCGGACGAACGGCUGCCACCGCGAACACCAACGCCAGUGGAGAUGCGCACGCUCCUUCCGACCGCUGCAUGACUUCGUCGACACGCGUCCCAUCACACGCAUCCAACCGCCGCAUCCUACGAUCUGCUUUGUACAAGCCGCUCGAUCCAAGCCGCCGAGAGAUAAGGCUGAUAACGCUCGCCGGAGGAGAGUUCUCAGACGACAUCCGUUGCAGCCUAUCAGCAGUCUCGCUAGACAAUGAGCCUGUCUACGAAGCCCUCUCAUACGUGUGGGGUGACCCUGAUGUCAUGCUGCCAAUGACCCUCCAAGGGGGUCUCCAUCAAGUUACUACGAAUCUAGAGGCGGCGCUUCGGCAUCUGCGAUAUCAUGAUCGACCGAGAGUCCUGUGGGUCGAUGCCGUAUGCAUCAACCAGAAAGACUUACUCGAGCGCCAGAAGCAAGUUCUCUUAAUGGGCGAUGUGUUCCGGACCGCCUCGGUGGUGCUAUGUUGGCUUGGUGAAGAGAGCGAGGACAGUGCGUUGGCUUUCGAUGCGUUUGAAACCUGGCCAAAGGACUCGGAGAUUCAUUGGGAUCCUGACGAGACUCCCGGUAUUGACCCUAGAACUUCCGGGAUCGAGUACGCCAACGCCGUUUGGAGACUCUCUCGUAGACGAUACUUCAAACGUCUCUGGAUCGUCCAGGAAAUGAUUCUGGGCAAAAGCCAUCAAUUGAUAUGUGGCAACAGACAGUCCUCCACGGACGAGUUGCUUCGUAUAGUCAAAUGCGUCGUUGCACAUAGAACCACUUGUAUGUGUAUGAACAGGCACCAUCGUAAGGAGUUCAGCUUUGCGGCGUUAGGGGGCCUUGCCAUGUCCGCUAAGGCAUUGACUUUCCGACGUACGGGCGAACUGGAUAAGGCUGAGAUCUUGCAUCUCCUAGCCACUUUUAGGGCUCAUCGUUGCUCUGACCCUCGAGACCAUAUUUACGGUUUGUUAAGUAUCGCUAGUGAUACUCCUCAUGUCGUGCCGGGCUAUAACACUCCAGUACCUCUCGUCUAUGAGCAGUUCACCGUCGAUAAUAUCAAAACCCAUCAGAACCUCGAUGUACUCAGUCAAGUUCUUCCUUCCUCGACCGUCCUGUCAACACGAAUUCCUACUGGCCUGCCUACCUGGGUGCCCGACUGGUCAGCCACACUAGUGCACCGCGGAAUUUCAACUAACGCUUACAAUCGGUUCGUGAACAUCAGGGAAUACAACUCUUCAGUGGGGAGUACAGCCAAUGUCAGACAACCUGGUCGUGGUAGAUUGGCUGUUCGUGGCGUGCCGUUAGGAACUAUAGCUAGACUGGGUAGCGCUGUUGUCGAGGACAUGAGCAAAAACGAUGUUGUUGAGUUCAUCGAGUCUGGAAUGCACUUUGCAAUGCUCGAAACCCUCCCGAAUCGCUCCUAUCCUGGUGGACUUGAUUUUGCUCACAGUAGCGCCACCGGAAUGAGCGACUUCCCUGCAGUAUCAAAUAACGCGGCGUACGACCCCCGGGUUAGCAUGGCGGCCUGCGCCGCUUCCCAAACUACAUAUUGCGAUGCGCUCUGGAUGACUUUCUGCGGCUCCAUCGUACCAGACUUCUUCAAAUCUGCCUCCGAGUCGAACGUCAUAAUAUCCACUAGUACAACCGAGCCCUGGUGGAACCAUUCUUUCUACAACACCCGGUGGGAGUACUGGAAAAUGCCUGUGGAUGAGCUGCUACCCCUGGGGCUAUCACGUGAGCGCGCAAUGUUAGAAAGGCAAGCGUUUGUGAGCCGAUUAGGGUCCACGAUGUAUAUGAGGAGGCUGUUCAUGUCAGAUGCGCAGCACGAAUGGCUCGGAAGCGCGCCCGUGGAUGCGGAAGUUGGUGACACGAUAGCUAUACUGGCUGGCGGAAAGGUGCCCUAUAUUUUGCGGCAGAAAGAGGUGAACGGCGAAAGAGUGUUUCAUUUCAUAGGCGAUGCAUAUGUUCACGGCAUCAUGAACGGGGAGGGCAUGGCGCUGGGCGAGAUGGAAGAGAUAGUACUCGUUUAA